ACUUCUGCAGGAAACAAGCGGAAAGUGCGUCUCUAUCAGUUCCUCCUGGACCUCCUGCAGGACGGAGACAUGCGGGACUGCAUCUGGUGGGUGGACCGAGAGAGAGGCGUCUUUCAGUUCUCCUCCAAACACAAGGAGACACUCGCCGGCCGCUGGGGCCAGCAGAAGGGCAACCGCAAGAGAAUGACCUACCAGAAGAUGGCCAGGGCCCUGCGCAACUACAGCAAGACCGGCGAGGUCAAAAAGGUCAAGAAGAAGCUCACGUACCAGUUCAGCAGCGAGGUGCUGAGGAGGAUGACUACGGACAGGAGGCAGUAUCAUCACUGACAUUUCCUUUAGAUCCAGUGUCUCUUAAUAUUCACAGAUUCUCUCCUGCCAUUGCUCUGCAGCAAAAAAUAUUAUCUCAGGGAUAUGUAAUAUGUAUAGUUAAAAUAGGGAUGUAAUAUCUGAGUAGCUGACAAAUGGACAUGGACAAAAGACAGUUUUAAGGUUAAAGUGUCUUUAUUCGUAAAAGAGUACAUGCUUUCAUGUUUUGAUGCUGUAACUGGUCAGUUUUAUUUUAUUUUUUCACUUUUAAAUCGGCUUGAUUUCACUAUUGUUACAUUUCAGUUGUCCAGUGGUGUGACAAAUUAACACCAGUUAAUAUAGUUAUGAAAACGGCAUGCAUAAUAAUAAUACAAUUUUAAUAAUAUAAUUCUUAUAAUAAUGUUACACAUCUAGUUACUACACGGGACAUUUCAACGUGUUCAGCUAUUUUGACACAUUUUGACUUCCAUACGCUUCAUCCACACAAAUAAGUAAGCUUUAACUUAUUUUAUGCUUAUUAAUGUGAAAAAUCGGUCUUUAUAUUAUGUGGUGUCACAUCGCUGAAUAAACGAACCUGGAAGUCCGCCUUGAAAAUAGCUUAUUUACUUUUGGUUGGGUUCGUAAUUACACUGUAA